AUGGUCCUUUUUAAGCGCAAACCCGUGCAGUUUCUGGAGCCGGAUUUUGUACCAAACGAUGAAGCUGAGGUCUGGCUGAUUCCCCAGACGGGGGAGGUUUUCGUCUCCUACGAGGACUAUCUUACCCGGAAUGACCUUCUUCGAAGCUUUCAAGAGCGAGGAAAGGAGAUUGAGGAGAGCUUCCCAGAACAGCUCAAAGGUCCGGUCCUUCGAAAAGUACAAUUCCGAACUACCUCGCGGCUGGACACCAUGGUGGACGAAAUAUACGCUGAGUUCAAGUCGGAUUAUUUUCCUGGCGAGGAAGUCACCGUCAUUGUAGAGAACGGGGAACGACUGCACGGCCUGGUUCGAGACAAGGCGAGGAUGGGACCAAGAUACAUUUCAGAGUUUGAAACCAAGGCACCGACGACGCGAUACAUGGUAUCGUUGAAUGACAGCAAACGUGAAAUCAGCGUUUUCGAGGAGGAUGUAUCAAGGGACCGGGGCGUGUUUACAAAGUCCUUGCUACGGUCAUUCAUCAAACGCACGACGAUCAGGGAAUCAUGGACUGGGGCACCUUGGCUUGUGAAGCACGACUACGCAAACCGCUUCCGCAUAGAUACCAGGAUCCCACCUCACUUGCGGCUCGAAACGAAGCGUGAGGAGCGCAAGCAGAUACAAGCCCAGAAGCGUGCGUCGCAUGGGCAUGACGCAGACGGGCACGCCAUAACCAAUGGUGAGCCCGUCAGACUCCCUGACCUCAAACCGGGGCACAAGGAGCACCAGGGUAAACACUCGAAUCACCACGCGGUGGUUAAGGAGCCGACGCCGCCUCCCCCGCCGCCUCCCAUCAAGUACCCCAUUGAGGAUCUUGAGAUUGAGCCCAAGCCUGACAGAGAGACACGACCCGAAAUGAGGUUCAUGUGCAAGGAGGCACCACUUGGACAAGGGGAGGGCGUGACGCAUGAGCCCGAUUGGCGGUCGAGGAAGAUUGAGAUGCAGUCCGUCGGAGGACUGCUUGAAACGUGGGACACGCUAAAUGUGUACUGCGAGAUUUUCAAGCUUGACUCGUUUACGUUUGACGAUUUUGUCGAGGCGAUGAUUGUCGCGUCAGAGGAAGUGCCCGUGCAACUCUUCGACGAGGUUCAUUGCGCGGUUCUCAAGAUACUCGUCGAUUCGGAGCGCGACGGCGGCAAAGUAAGGAUCACCUUGCCAGAGAUUGACGAAGAGGACAGUGAUGAGGAAGAUGAGGAGGAGGAGGAAAGUCAAGCGCCCACACCGGAACCUGAGCCCAAACCGGCCGCGCGGGCGACAAGGAGCAGUCUCGCCAAGCUGGAGGCCGAGAAGUUGGCCGCGGAGACUGCUGCGGCCGAGGAAGAAGAGCAGCAGGCAGAGCUGGCCACGCGCCAUCGUGCCGAGGAGCUACUCCAAGAUUUUGACUGGAUUGAGAAAUUGCGUGAGCGCGCCUUCGCCAAUGGCGGCUGGCAGAUGAUUGUUGUUGGGCUUUUGUACCAGCUGUCGAAAGACAGCCGGCAUGAAUCUGCUUGCGACGAGCUCCUGCUGGAGCUGGUACCGCCUGGGGAGGAGCCGAGCCAGGAGAGCGUCCUGCAGGCAUACUCAAACCUCGACGUCAAUCUGCGCGUGAGGAUCCUGCAAAUGAUCUGCAUGCUGACGAUGGAGACGAAGACUGUCCGAGGCUACAUGGAAGAGUGCAGUGACACGAUGACCAAGUAUCGAAAGGAAAGAAUCGAGUGGCAAAGGCAGAAGAAACAAGCCCUCGAGGAGCUGCGGCAACUCAACGAGCAGCGUAAAAUCUUGUUGCCCGACAACAUGCCCCCGUCACCGCCAGAAGACCGCGAACAGGAAAAUGAAGAAGCAGCAAAGCCCGAAGUCAGCACGACGAUGGACGCCGACGAGACUGUCCGUGACACGGAGAAGACGGACGACGAGGUCAAUUCGCGCAAGAAGCGCAGGAGCAAACAGCAAAAGCUUGACGAAGCAAGGCAACGAAAGAAGGAGAAGGCCAAGAAAGAAAAGGCCCAGCCCAAGCCCCCGCCCCAGUCCAAGGCAUUCAUCAAGCUGCUGAAGGAGAUUGCGAAAAAGGAAGAACAGGUCAAGGAAUGCGAGGAGGAGGUGGGCGUUAUCGAGAACGACCUGCGGGAGGCUGAUUGCCCUCGCACCCGGGUCCUGGGAAAGGACCGCUUCUGGAAUCGAUACUACUGGUUUGAGCGCAACGGCAUGCCCUACGGAGGGCUACCCACGAGCUCGACGGCACAUGCUGGCUAUGCAAACGGCUGCAUCUGGAUCCAGGGACCUGAUGAUAUCGAGCGGGAGGGGUUCAUCGAUCUCGAGGGUGAGGGCAAGGAGGAGCACUGGCACAAGUUUGGCCACACGGUCAAGACGCGUAAGGAGAAUGAGGAAGGCAAGACGCGAGUGUUUACUGCGCACCAAUGGGGCUACAUCUCGAAGCCAGAGGAUGUGGACAAGCUGAUCAACUGGCUUGACAUUCGCGGCGUGCGCGAGAAGAAGCUCAAGCAAGAGCUCUACAAUUUCCGCGACAAGAUUGUCCUCGGCAUGAAGAACCGCGAGGCGUAUCUCGCGGGCCGCGAUGAGCAGAAGGAGAAGGAGGAGACGAAGCGGAGCAGCUCGCGCAUCCGGGAGAAGACGCCUGAGCCUCCGAAUCACAGGUGUCUCGCGUGGGAGAACUCACAGGCCCUGGAGGACCUGGGUCAUUUGCACAGCGAGCCGCCGCCGAGGCCACGUGCGCGGAAGCAGGCGAAGAAGCGCGAGGCCAUGAGUGAUCUUGCGCAGGCGCCUGCGGCCAAGAAAAAUCGCCGGUAG